AUGCCUCAGUCGGAGAAGACCGGCGAGAGGAGGCCCUCACAGACCAGAGGGAAUCGCCUUAGUCAACUGUUUUCUUCCUCUCCUAAGCCGAGCCAGCAACCAGGCUCCCAGCAAGCCCUUAUGACCAUGCAAAAUAGCUCUACUCCAUCGGUCACCACCUCUGGCCUGUCAUUGCCAUCUAUUUCCCUCUCAACCGCCACUGCUGGCGAACCUAAUGAUGAUGAGCAACCAACCACCCUAUUCCAGCCACCUGAUUCUACCGAGAUAUCACGCCAGAAGCGAUUCGAUGCCGAGUUCGGUCCCUUGGUUCACCCAACCCAUCGCUAUGUCUCUAAGCACCACGGGGACCACCUCGAGGAGGCCAUCAUUGAUGAACCACCCUAUUACUACGUCCUAACUACCUACAUCAGCUAUCUGCUUCUCCUCGCUCUUGGUCACAUCAGAGACUUUUUCGGAAAGAGAAUUAGCAAGAAGUCGACCUACAAGACUCUUCGCGCAGCCAAUGGCUACGCUCCUUUGAAUGAUGAUUUCGACAACUUUUAUACCAGGCGACUGAAGAUGCGCAUAGAUGAUUGCUUUGCAAGAACCACCACUGGCGUACCGGGCAGAUAUAUCAAUGUCUUGAACCGUAUCUCGGACAACUUUAAUGAGUCCUAUGAAUACAUUGGAGGCUCAACCGAAACUCUGAACAUGAGCUCUUAUAACUAUCUUGGAUUUGCACAAUCCGAGGGACCCUGUGCUAACGCUGUCGAGGAAUGUGUUCGACGAUACGGGCUUAGCUAUUGUAGCCCUCGUAUCGAUGCAGGCACCUGUGACCUUGUCCGUGAGGUUGAGAAGGAAGUUGCCAACUUUGUUGGAAAGCCGGACGCCAUGGUCUUCUCAAUGGGCUUCGUCACCAAUGCCAGCUCUUUUCCCGCGCUUGUUUCCAGGGGUUGUUUGAUCUUGUCCGAUGAGUUGAACCACUCCUCAAUCCGCUUUGGCGCUCGUCUCUCUGGUGCUGUCAUUCGUUCUUUCAAACACGGCGAUUGUGUGGAUCUAGAGAAACGCCUUCGCGAAGCUUUUGCCCAAGGCCAGCCUCGAACUCACCGGCCCUGGAAGAAGAUUCUUGUCGUUGUCGAAGGACUGUACUCUAUGGAUGGUGAUAUCUGCGACUUGCCCGGUAUUUUGGCUCUCAAGGAUCGAUAUAGAUUCUCUCUUUAUGUCGACGAAGCGCACAGUAUCGGAGCCUUUGGCCCUGGAGGACGUGGUGUCUGUGAUUACUUCGGUAUUGACCCAGGCCGCGUUGACAUUCUCAUGGGCACUUUGACCAAAUCGUUCGGUGCCAAUGGAGGCUAUAUAGCAGCUGAGAAGCACGUUAUUGACAAGCUGAGGAGCACGAACGCCGCUAUGAUGUUUGGUGAAUCUCCAACUCCUGCUGUCCUGAUGCAAAUUCUAUCCUCACUCAAGAUCAUCUCUGGCGAACUUGUUCCUGGUCAAGGCGAGGAACGAUUACAGCGCAUCACAUUCAACUCUCGCUAUCUCCGUCUUGGUCUUAAGCGUCUCGGCCUGAUCGUUUAUGGACAUGAUGAUUCUCCCAUCAUUCCAGUCGCGCUGUAUAACCCAGCUAAGAUCUCUGCCUUUAGCCACGAAAUGCUCAAGCGAAAAAUCGCGGUUGUCGUUGUGGGGUACCCUGCCACUCCCCUUAUCAGCUCUCGUGCACGAUUUUGCGUGUCGGCUGCCCACAACAAGGAUGACAUGGAUCGUCUUCUGGUUGCGUGCGAUGAGGUCGGAGACAUCCUACAACUGAAAUUCUCUACGGGCAUUGCUGGAGGCCUCAGGCCUCUACCGGAUGGCUCUAUUCAAGAGAGAGAUGCUGAUGCUGUCAUUGAGCCGCCACGAUGGACACUUGAGGAAGUUAUUGAACGGGGUGCAGAAGAUACCCUGUUACCGUUACGAUAA